AUGCCUAUUCUCUCCAGAGGCAGUGACCAAGACUAUAGUAACAUUAGCUACACUUCAUGUAAUUCCUUGAGCCACUUCUUUCCUGUCUCCGUUGAAACCCCUUCUGUCAAAGGGGUCCAUUACCAAAGAGCCAGGAGGAUUUACCAUCCUGAUCAAGUCUCUGCAGCCGAUCUAAAGACAGAGAUCAUGAUAAAUGUUGGGGGCAUCAAGUACCUGCUACCUUGGAGCACUUUAGAUGAAUUUCCCCUGACCAGACUGAGCAAACUUAAGUUUUGCAGCAGCUAUGAAGAAAUAAUUCAGCUGUGUGACGAUUACGAUGAAGACACCCAUGAGUUCUUCUUUGACAGGAACCCCAAUGCUUUCGGGAUGAUUGUCAGCUUUCUAGCAGCAGGGAAGCUGAUGCUCUUAAGAGACAUGUGUGCCUUGUCUUUUCAGGAGGAGCUGAGAUACUGGGGGAUUGAGGAAUCCAACCUGGAGAACUGCUGCUUUCGAAAACUAUUUCAAAAACUGCAGGAGUUGGCCGAGGUACGCAAAGAAGAGGAGCUUCGGAGGAGCAAAGAAGCUGCAUGUGUCUUGGAUGAGAAAACCAAAUUUGGACAGUUUAUGAACAGACUCAGAGAUAUGGUAGAAAAUCCCCAGUCAGGACUCCCAGGCAAAGUCUUUGCUUGUCUCUCCAUUCUCUUUGUGGCCACCACAGCUAUAAGCCUUUGUGUUAGCACAAUGCCAGACUUAAGAGCUGAAGAAGACAGGGGCGAGUGUUCCCAGAAGUGCUAUUACAUCUUCGUCAUAGAGACCAUCUGUGUGGCUUGGUUUUCGCUGGAGUUCUGCCUUCGAUUUAUUCAGGCAAGGAGCAAGUGUCAGUUCUUCAAAGGACCCCUAAACAUCAUUGACUUCUUGGCUAUUUCACCCUAUUACAUUUCCCUCAUCUUCUCAGAGGACGACUCAAAUGAGGAGGAUGACAGGCCAAGCAGCAACACAUAUUUGGAGAAGGUUGGUUUGGUGCUACGGGUUUUACGUGCCUUGAGGAUCUUGUAUGUAAUGCGCCUUGCCCGACACUCCUUGGGCUUGCAGACUUUGGGCCUCACAGUUCGCAGAUGCACACGGGAAUUUGGCCUGCUUUUACUGUUCUUAUGCGUGGCUGUCACUCUGUUUUCUCCUUUGGUCUAUCUCGCCGAGAACGAAUCUGGGAAGGUGCUGGAAUUUACAAGCAUACCUGCUUCUUACUGGUGGGCUAUCAUUUCAAUGACCACUGUGGGGUAUGGAGAUAUGGUACCACGGAGCGUUCCAGGCCAGAUGGUGGCUCUCAGCAGCAUCCUCAGUGGGAUUCUCAUCAUGUCUUUUCCUGCAACAUCAAUAUUCCACACUUUCUCCCAUUCCUACUCGGAGCUGAGAAAGGAACAUGAACGAUUGCAGUCGCGGCUAAACAGAGUAAAAAAUGCCAGUCACUCUGGUGAAAGUGACACCUUCAAUGAGACAGACAGCUUGAUCCUGGAGGACCAAGCAUCACCAAUCAAGUACAUUUACACAGGGAACUAA